CGUUUUCCAUCCAACAAUCCUCCUCCGCGUCUCUGUCCUGCAGCGAUCUUCAUCACUCAGCCGGGCAGUGAAUUGACAAUAAACUGGAUGAUCAUGGUGUGAGGUGGUGUGAGAAGUCGAGGUUGUGGGAGGCGAAGAGGGGAGUGGAAGAGGGAAGUGGAUGAGGGAAGAGGAAGUGGAAGUGGAAGAGGAGAGGAGGGGGAGGAGGAGGGACAUUCUUUCAACUGGGUGAUGGUGUUGUCGAUUGCUGGUGGUGGUGGAUCAUGGCAAGCAGGAGGCUGGGGGAGGGAGUGCCUUGGUUGCUUAACCUCCCCCUGUCCCACUCAUACGCCUUUGCCUGAGCCAGGCUGGGAGUUGUCCUCGUUGCCUGCGCUCUGUCCCUCCUCUUCUGCGGCUUCAUUACUUGUUGAUGUGUUGACGUCUCUGAGCGAGAUGGCCCUCCCGCCCUAGAAAGUCUGCCGUGAUGGUGAGAUGGGGUCGUCUUUCCCGCUCCCUGUGGCUCUAGAGUUUGCUCCUUAGAAGCGACGGAUCUGUUGAGGGAGUAGUGGGUUGUGCACAUUGUUGUGAAGGAUUUUUUCGGAGUUACUGGAGAGUCCGAUUUGAACUCUCUCUCUCUCUCUCUCUCUCCCCCCCCCCUCCCCGUGCUGUGUUUUUGUUUUGAUGCGAGUGUAUUGGUAGUGUAUGUGGAAGAGUGUAAUAAGCCGAUUAGAGGUGUAUCAAGGAUCAGUAUUUUGUGGAGUGUUGUACUUCGGGAUUUAGAAAUAAGUUUUGGCUGGAGUGUGGGUGGUGGGGGUUUUGAAACUGAAUGGAGCGUGGGAUAAAGUGGUAUGAAGAAUCAUGUGGCCGGGCUCUUAGUUCGCCUGUGACAUGUAUAUGAUCUGACAUGAGCACCUUCGUGCUGGUUCUUGGCAAUGAAAACAUGCCGGCCUUUGUUGUUUAUGGUACCUGGUAGUCUAGGGAGCACGAUGCGACUCAGUAGAGGAAGGUGUAGCUCCGAUGUGAGAAAUAGAGGAAGGCCUGUGGAGGAGGCACUGGAACAGCUCAGGAUAACUUCAUAAUCUUGACACAAUAUUUUCUCGUUUCCCGACAUUUUAACCUCUGUUUCAAGCAAGUUGAAAUGAUGACACGAGGCAUUAAAGCGGCGCCCGAGAAGGUUGAUAGGGAAUUAGAGAGUGGUCCCGACAUGGGGUCACCUGCUCGACGAGAGCCCAUUCCGCCUGUCUCUGAUAUGCAGGAUUCUCCUCUGUUUAAGUAUUUGUGCGAACUGUCGCCAAUCCAACCAGCAAAGUCGGUUCAUCAUGCUCAGACAUACAACGAAAUGACGUUUCCUCAAGAGCACAGAAUCUUUGCCUCUCCGCGCAGUGCUAGAAGGUCCUCAUCAAGUUCACUGAAGAGGUUUGUGGCUGCGGAACGAUUUUCAGCUCAAGCCCAAGCUGAAGGUCGAGAGAGUCUUGGAUGGCAUCAAACUCCCACAUUCUCCCGAAGUACUCUUUCCGAUGGUGCACCUUCAUCGUCGCCACUGAAGCGGAGUUCUGGUGAUCAUCAAGUAACUCCUUGUUCAAGACGGCAAACAGAGGCACUGGCUUCGUCACAAUCUGAUGGCGCGAAGGUCGAAGUAUCUCGUGAUGACGUGUACGUGGCUGAAGAUCCUGGUGGCCAAGGGAAAUUCGGGAGCUCCAUACAUCUGAAACCGGAACCCGCAUCCUGUGAAAUGGACAGAACAGCGGUUGUCAAUGCCAGAUUUCAAACUCAGUUUACAGAUUAUCAUCAGUUGGAUCCGGCUGUCUCUGCAGCGAUGCCCUCAGAAGUGGUUAGCUGCAUUGAUGGAAAAGAUGAAAUGUUGGAAGUAACAAGGACUGAGCACAAUUACGCCACUGAAAGAAGACAAUCCACUUCUAGUUUAAUAUCACAUCCUAUUGACUGUGUGCUUCCUAGCCAAGAGUCAAAAUGUCAUGAGCAGAGUGACCAUAGACGCGUAUCUGUUACAUCCAGUUCUCACAUUGAAGACCAUGGAUUGAGCUUCAGUACCGUUGCUAAAGGGAGUCCAGAACUUGACCGUGAGACUACUGCUAUGGCAUAUUUUCUUGCUGGAAAUCAAGAUCUAGGACAGGACACCGGCGAAGAGUGGUCAGAGGAUUCAAGUGAGGUGGUUGUCCCUAGAUUGCCAUUACGACCUACACCAGGAUAUUCUGUGAAACCGUCUGACAUGAUUAAUGAAAGAGUCGUGAAACAAGAAAAGCGUAUGGUUGAUGCUAUCACUCCUAAGUCCGGACUUGUUCCUUCAACUGAGGAUGGACACGACACAGACACAAUCUUAGCAACUGAAAAUGUUAACCAUCAACAGUCUGUUCUCUCUCAAAGGGUGGAUAAUGCUGGCCAGCGGGGCUUUAGACGACGGUGUCUUGACUUCGAUGCUUCUGUAGCUAGAAGAAAAAGUCUUGGCAGCAUGAGCGGGAGAAAAUCCCUAGGUAGUAGGCUAAAAGAUUGCAGUGGAAUCAGCGUUGCGGAUGACAGUAACGUAUCUGGUUUCGGCGAUGUUGCUCCCGCAUCUUCAGAUGCAACAACAACCCGAGUGCGAGCACCUCCAAAUGAUUUUUCUAAUUCCAACGACACUUCCAGAGUAGACUCAGACUCCGGCCUACAUACCAGGGAGGCAGGGUCCCCAGUAUGUGCGGACACUUUUGGAACCACGGCGAAGUUGCCACUCACAAGCUGCUCACAUCAGAAGAACAUGGACGUAUUGAAUGCUAAGACAGGGGAAGCACAUUCUCGGAAGGUGCAAAAUUCAGGAGCAUCACCUGCAGGUACUCCACCGGAAGGUGUGAGACGUAGUCCUCGCAAUCGACCGACUGGUAUUGGACUUCACUUGAAUUCUUUGACUAGCUCAAUGUCCUUCAAGCGGGAUUAUUCGUCUGUUAGGGGAGAAAGCUCCAAGGGAGUGUUGGCAACAGUUUUAGGAUUACAACCUGUGGCCCGGACGGAUCUCACGGAAGAUUCGCUUAGUGAAGGGCUUGGCAGCACAGGGUAUUCUGCAAAUCUGAAUCAAAACUUUAAUUCAGGAGUUGACAGACAAGCCUUAGAUAAUUCAAACAAUGGAUUGACGAAAAAACUUGAUUAUCAUUCUCAAGUGGAUUCAAGGACUCUGAUGGAGUUAAAUGGUGCUGAAACUACGUUACCUGCCAGUAGCAUCAAGAGAGUUAAUAUUCCAGCUCCCGACUUCACUUCCCUUAACAUUGAAAAUUUAUCACCAUUGGAAGAGCCGUUCUCACUGACCCCAGCAGCUCAUUUACCAAGGCUUGUUAGCCCUAGGGGUCAGAAACGACCUCAGCCUCAUCACCAAGAGUUGAUGCAACAACCGGAGGGUGAAGCUGUGGAUGAACUUCUGGACAGCCCGCAGAGCGCGAAAAGAAGACGGCUGUCUAGGCGGAAAUCUACUGUGUCUUCUCAGAGCGAAAGAUCAGGGGAUGGCUGUAAGCGGUGUAACUGCAAGAAAUCUAAAUGCCUCAAAUUGUACUGUGAAUGCUUUGCCGCGGGUCUAUAUUGCGUAGGUUCAUGUGCGUGCCGCGAUUGCUUCAAUAAGCCUGAGUACAUAGAGACAGUCAUUAACACAAGACAACAAAUUGAAUCUCGCAAUCCUUUAGCUUUUGCCCCCAAGAUUGUUCAAGGUGCAGAGUCCUCCCCCGUGCCUGGGGACGAGGUUCUUGAUACUCCUGCCUCGGCUAGACACAAGCGUGGUUGUAACUGCAAAAAGUCCCUCUGUCUCAAAAAGUACUGCGAAUGUUACCAGGCUGGCGUUGGGUGUUCAGAAGGAUGUCGGUGUGAAGGUUGCAUGAAUAAGUAUGGCAGGAAGGAAGGGCCGGAGGGAGAUGAGAAAGACGGUGAGCAGGCCAAUUUCGUUCGAGAGGAUUCCCAGUCUGAAGAUCCCAUCGAGUUGCUCAAUAGGAUGAGUGGGAAAACCGACAGAUUACGUGAUAAUUCUACAAAGCCAAAUCUGUCUCCAAACACUCCGACCUUCGAAUAUGACCUGCAUGGACGACCCAUGCACAGUCUGAGAACUUCACUGCGCAAGCGAAUCGAUCCCUCGGAUGAACUUUGUCACUCACCCCUUGCUCAGCCUGUGUCACGACCUUCCAAGUCUCCGACGAGGUUCGCUCAUGCACUAGAUGCUUUCCAUCUAGUGCCAUCUUAUCAGGGUCAUAGUGACGCAGAUUUUUCUAUGAGCGGAGCUGGAGACUCCCCCAUGACAACCCCUACGUUUGCGCGAAUGGGUCAUCUCUCCCCUCGCUGGGAUGGUCUCGGUGACCUCUGCACUCUCACUCCGAUGCAGACUCUGGCUCCGUUGCGACCAACACCUGGCUCGUCCUGUAUAACAGUAGAGCGGCCUGGUGCUUCUCCUGCAUUUAGCAGUCACCUGACAGAAUCCCCUUACCAGGCCGCCGCUUCUACGAAUGUGCACCAACGGCACGCGUCGUCAAGACAUUGGUCACCGCACUCUCCAAGGUUCAGGCAGCCUGCUCCGCGAUCACCCUUCGAUACGCCUCGUCAAUCCCAGCUAUCAUGCACUGACCAGGGUCAUCCAACACCGCUUACGCCCGCUAUGCAGUCUUACCAGCUACUUUCAGGGAAAAACCUCCAAAGUGAACUAGAGUUGGCGAAGGUUAACGUCGCUGACGAUGAUGGCACCCCGGAGUUUACAAAGUACGCAGAUGAAACUCGCGACAGUUCCCCAAGCCGAAGUACCGUGACGAAGUCGAGCUCUCCAAAGCAGAAACGUGUGACUCCACCUCGUUAUAGUGGGAACAGGGAGCCGAGUAAUUCAUCUAAUGGUGGUUGUGGCAGUAACUCUCUGGCCUCUUCGCCUGUUUCUAGAAACGCCAGAAAGUUCAUCCUUCAGGCGCUUCCCACCUUUACCAAUGACUGAGUAUGUCUUUUCGGCUAUACCAACUCUUUCCAUAUUUCCUGUUUAACUCCGCUGGAUAACGAAGCCAAGCAUGAGUUCCCAUUUUUGAGUUUCUAUUGCCUGUGCUCCUUGUACAAAUUCUAUGAGAACAUGGAACUUAGAGCAGAAAAUGCUUUGCGGACUACCUACGUGCCUCUUGGCCUAUGCCCCACAAAGAAAAGAGAGAAAAGCACAUAUCGGCAUUUUCUUCCAUCCAGCGUAGUGUACAGAGUCACGACAAUGAUAGACUUGAGUACACCGGUUUCUCUUUUAUAACACAUGGUUUCAAUUCGAUGCUAGUCAUUGAAACAUUGUAAUAUUCUCCUGUUUGAGAGAAGAGAUGAGAGCUGAAGAUGAAGCAAGGGGUCAAGCUGACACUGAGCUUGGGCUCUUCUGUGAAGUGCAAUAAGCAGUCUACUCUUUGCGCUGGAGUCUCUUAUGUUGACUAAAAUCUUGCUGCCCUUUUUAAGGCCACGUGUGGGAAUGAGACGUGAGUUUUACAAUCCCCCUCCUGAUAAGCCAAAGCAUUUAAUAUAAACGUGAUCAAUGAAAUGCGCUUUUUGCUGCUGGUUUGGCUAGGAAAACCACAACCUCAUCCGGUUAUCCUUCACAACCUCAAAACAGUCGGAAUGAACGCGAGGGGUGUAGCAGCGGUUGUGUCUCGUUCAAGUUUGGAGACACUGUACAGACCUAAUCUGUAUGUUACUGGAAUUUGUGUAGAUGAAUUCCAGCUAAGAGUACGUACAUCAGUCCUCUCAUUGGUCACAACUGGCUUGUAUGCUUCUUUUGAGCAAAUGGAAAUAUACUAUUCCAUUCCAAGAAA